CCCGACACUUUUAUUUUUUGUAUUAUGAACACCUUUGGAAAUUUUAUGGAUAAGCCGAUAAUCGGCAUUUCUGAAGACCGGGUAACGGCGGCAAGUAAGGAGGCGGCAUGAAGCAGGAGGCUCUCCCCUGUACUGAUGUUCUCUGAACGCUCGCUCCCCUGUACUGAUGUUCUCUGAACGCUCCCAUGGAGGAUGACUGGCCAGACAAAUCUUCAGAAAAACUCCUCCCCCAACUUACACCCGCGGUCAGCCAAUAAGACGCCAAGUGAAAAUGAGCAGGAAGAGUCCACAGACAACUGUGGCAGUAGGGCUUUAUCGGUCUGCGAUGACACCUCUUCCGAGCUACAAAGGGUCGUUUCCCAAGAUCAUGGUGAUGGGGCGUCACAGGCGUCUUUUAGAGGGAGGGGCGCUCUGUCCAGGAUAGUGCGCCUAGUGGUGGUCUUGCGGGAAUGGGCCCACAGAAGCCUACGUGAUCAAGAUCAAAGGCCCGAUUCCUUUCUAGACCGAUUCCGCGGACCUGAAGCGCAAGCAGCAGAAGAAAAUACUGGAAAGGGGAAAGAAACUCAAGAAAACAAAGAAGAAAAAAAGACAACCCCCAAGGUGAAGUUAUCGGAACGAUUUGUGGUUGACCCUGCAGGAAAAUGGUAUUAUCGGUGGCUUAUCGUCAUAGCUGUGCCUGUGCUGUAUAACUGGUUCCUAUUAGUAGUGAGGGCCUGCUUUGAUGACCUUCAAACCAGUUAUAUUAUAGUAUGGCUUACCUUGGACUAUAUAUGUGACAUCAUAUACAUCAUGGACAUCGUAAUCCGAUUCCGUACAGGAUUUUUGGAGCAGGGAAUGUUGGUCCGAGAUACAAAAAUGCUGAAUGACAACUACGUCCGAACCUUGCAGUUUAAACUGGACGUUUUUUCGAUCCUUCCAACCGAUCUCGGUUACUUGGCACUCGGAGUCCAUCACCCGGAGCUGCGCUUCAACAGACUUCUGCACAUCCCGCGCAUGUUCGAAUGCUUCAGCCAGACGGAGACUCGGACCAGUUACCCCAAUAUCUUUAGAAUCUUUACCCUAGUGUUAUACAUCAUACUUAUUAUCCAUUUGAAUGGCUGCGUUUAUUACGCUAUAUCUAAGGGCAUUGGCCUUGGAACAGAUUCAUGGGUCUACCCGAAUAUUACCGAUCCCGAAUACGGUUACCUGACUCGUGAAUAUGCCUACUGCCUGUACUGGUCCACUUUGACUCUCACCACCAUCGGGGACACCCCUCCCCCCGAAAUCGAUAUCGAGUAUGUUUUUGUCAUUUUUGACUUUUUGGUUGGGGUUCUGAUCUUCGCCACCAUCGUUGGUAAUGUGGGCUCCAUGAUCUCAAACAUGAAUGCCACGAGGACGGAGUUCCAGGCUAAGGUAGACGCCGUCAAGCAUUACAUGCAGUUUAGAAAAGUAAGUAAGGAUUUGGAGGUCCGGGUCAUCCGAUGGUUUGACUACCUAUGGACGGUGGAGAAGACAGUGGAUGAAAAGGAGGUGUUGAAGAAUCUCCCUGACAAGCUGAGAGCCGAAAUUGCCAUAAAUGUUCAUCUGGAAACUUUAAAAAAGGUUCGGAUCUUCCAGAACUGCGAAGCCGGUCUCUUGGUUGAGUUGGUCCUGAAGCUCUGUCCUCAAGUUUUCAGCCCCGGCGAUUACAUUUGCCGUAAAGGGGACAUCGGCAAAGAGAUGUACAUAAUCAAGGAGGGGAAGCUCGCUGUGGUCGCGGAGGAUGGAAUAACUCAGUACGCCGUUCUCACUUCAGGGAGUUGUUUUGGUGAGAUUAGUAUCCUCAAUAUCGAAGGGAGUAAGAUGGGAAAUCGAAGGACUGCCAGUAUUCGGAGCCUCGGGUACUCGGACCUUUUCUGCCUUUCCAAGGGCGACCUGAUGGAAGCUUUGGUAGAGUAUCCAGAUGCCAAGAAGAUCUUGGAAGAGAGAGGAAGAGAAAUACUGACCAAGGAAGGCCUGCUUGAUGAGACCAAGGAGACAAAUGUGAUGACGGGUAAAUCUCCAGAAGAAAAAUUGGAGCUUCUGGAAUCCAAUGUGGACCUGUUACACACCCGUUUCGCUCGUCUACUUCGAGAAUACAGUUCUGAUCAGCAAAGCCUCAAGCAGACGGUCACCCUCCUAGAGGGGCGAUUGAAGGACUUUCAGGGGCGAGACGUGUCCUCAGAUGAGAUGUAAAGGAAAAGGAUCGACUAAUAAAAUUAUAUCCCUGCUGCAUAAAAAUUUUUCCUAUGUGAAACUUAUUUUGAAUCUAUAAUAAAGUUUAAUCUGCUUAUA